CAGAGAAGUAGUUAGUGCAGUUCUGUCGACUCCUCUAAAGGGUGCUGCUGCUAAUUAUCAGCAAUGUUCAUAGACAACGGGAAAUUGACCCUACUGCUGGUCUUAGUGUCACUGAGUGCUUCGGGCUGCACAACAACGAAGUCGUUGUGCGAGCCGUAUCCUUCACUGGAAUUUAAGAAUGAGGGAAUGCAGUGCUCUGGUAUGAGGGUGACGCAGGUGCCGAGGUUGCUGAAGAACAGCCUGCAGAUGUUACUCCUGACGGGUACAGCCAUCUCGUCUCUGGACAACUCCACCUUCCGCGGCCUUGAGUUUCCGCAGCUGACGACCCUGUAUGUAGCUCAGGGUAAUCUAUCCAGCGUCGCAGCCCACGCCUUCUGCACGCUGCCGGUGCUGACAAAGCUCUACUUGUCCAGCAACCGGUUGGAUAAGCUAGACGACUUGAGUUUCACCUGUAACAAAUUUUUAAAAACCGUUAACUUGGAGGAUAACCCCAGCCUCCGUCACCUGCCACGACUGGUCAGCUCUUCCGUGGAACAUCUGUACCUGGACAACUGCAACCUUGCGACCAUGGACAUUGCUACCGUGGAGGGGAUGACAGCCCUGAAGGUUCUCUCUCUGGCGGGUAAUCGAGAUCUCCACUGCCAGUCCAUAAAGACGCAGUUCAAGCGGGCUCGGCCAGAACUGCUGGUCAUCUGCGAAUAUUCUGCUGGAGAUCUUCCUUCCUUGACAUUACCUGGUGAAGAGGAAUGGACUUCCGAAAAACCUUGCACUGAGUCAUAUAUACCAGCAAUAGCCUCUACUGACCCUCACAUUGUAGUUAAUAUAAUUUUUACAACUUUUAUUAUAGUUAGUGCAAUUAUUACAGUCUUAAUUAUUAUUAAAAUUUUUAAAAGUAAGCGUAAUCAUCAUAUAAAUCAAAAUUCAAGUAACCAUAAAUUAUCAUUAAAAAUAAAUAUUUAAUACGUAUUAUAAAUUACUAUUAAUAGUUAUUAUAAUAAGUAUUUUAAUUAUUUACAGUAGUUUAAGGUGCCGCGAAAUUAUAGCUUUAAAAUUUGAAAUUAUUACUAUUUUAAGAAUUUCAGUUGUGCAUCGUGUGUACAUACUUCAUUCUAAACUCACCAUCCUGUAAUCAUUAUCAACAGCUACUGAAAGCAAAAGAAUGGAAAUCUUGCCAAAAAAUAUUAUCGUUUGUCACCAUUUUUUACAGCUGUCAAUAGAUUUACCGGUGCUAGCAAUUUUUGACAGGAACGCAAUUCGUAAUAUUGGUUAGCCCUGUCGAACUGUGACCAACAGAGAAACUUUUUGAUAUGUAUCAGCACUGAAAACGGCAACAUACAGCAAUUUUUCCAUCACAGAACAUAAAAUAGGUAAAUGAUUAUCGGCAGUUUCCUUUCCAUUACCGCUAUGAAGUUGUUGCAAUAGAAAAUCGUUGUUCCGCUGCGACUGUAAACUGCUGUCAGAAACCGGUAUUUUUAAAUAAAUGCUAAUUUCUGGCAACAGUUUAAAGCUGAGUGGAAUUACAGUUCUCAAAUUUAACCAGCCAGGGAAGAGCCCAGUCUCAUGCCCAACGUAAGAUAGGAGUGAAUCAUGGUCAAUUAGUAAUAGUCGAAUUUAUAUUCUACUGUAUGGUUGCGAGUGGCAGAAUUUAAUCGGUUCUAGGUAAGUCUUCUGAAGAAAGCUCAUUCACUCGUUUUACUCUUUCGUUAACUUUCUUAGGAAAGCUUAGCCAGAACCAACCAACUUCUUCUAAUCUUCCAAAUUUUUUCACCUAUAGCUCACCUUUUUUAUGAUAAAAACUUGACUUUUUUCUGAAAAAGCGAAAGUAAGGAAAAAGCUUAAUAUAUUCUGAAAAAUAUGAACAUAAAGAUAUACUCUAGGACUUAUUUAUGUAAAAUUCUCCUCAUUAUUUCUUGUUUAACAGCUAUGAGAUUUUUAUGAACUGUCAAUUGUUCAUGUUUAUUGAGGUAAGACCUGGUCACAAUUUCACGUUAAACGUAAAUGUUAAAUAUAAACAUUUAACGUUAAAUGUAACCAACCAGGACAUGUUGGUUCUUACUUGGGACAGUACAAAAUUUCUAAUUCUGGUCGAAGACUACUACAUGAAAUAUGAACAAAUCCUUCUUUUUUUGAGAUUAUUGCUAUCUUUCUUCAUUUCAAUAAAUUUAUUUUUAUUGGAACCUUUAACAAUAUAUAUAAAUGACUUGCCAUUAUGUUCACUCAGUAACCAUAAAUACAUAAACUUAUUUUUAUCGUUAUCACAUAACUGUAAAUUAUAUAAACUCCAUUGUGGGAAAAAUCUAUCCAUUGUUGUUUAAAAUAAUUUUUUAUUUGUUCUUCGCUUUCUAUCAUUUUUUGUUCCUUCUGCAAAAUAUUCUUGUGUUUUCCCUUUAAAGACUAUAUAUUACCCAAAUAUUCCAGUUUUCUUUCUUGUGUGCUUAAGUUUUCUCAUUCUUGUUCUUGUUUCCUAGUAGAAUCUAAAUAUAUCUUAUUAGUUUUUUUAAUUUCUUUAAUUGUAUAUGGAUAAAGUUUGCUAUGUGCAUUCAUUCUUUUCCUACACACAAAUGGGGUAACAUUACUUGUUUUUAUUAAUCCAAAUUAUUCGAUAUUUAUUUCUUUGGAUAUUGCCAAAAAUGAGCUAUUAGAUUUAGAGCAAUAUCUAUCUCCAGAUUUUAUAAAGCAUGUUCCUUUCACAGAAAUUACAUUCUCUGUCUUUUCGAAAAUU